GUCGGCAGCCAGUUGCAGUCCAGACUCGUUGGAGGACAGUCGGGUUUUAUUUCAGCUGUUGGUGGGAUUUUGUUGUUUUGUUUCAUUAUUUCGUGAAAAAAAGUGAAUUUCAAUCGUUUAAUUAAUUGGGUUAGAAUUUUGUUUUGGGGUCGACUUGCUAAAGAAUUUUGUAUAAUCCUGUUGGAUUGUGGGAUUUUUGAAUUUCGAGGGGGUUUCACAUCAUCCACCAUUGCGCCGUAUUCGCAAAAUUUACAACAAUCGACGAUGGAUGCGAUUCCGCCAGACGCGCCAGCCCCUCGUCUCUGCCAUGUAAUCAAACGACCGGAUUUCGAAGGAUUUGGUUUUAACUUGUUCGCCGGUAAAGUGAAAACGGGUCAAUUUAUUGGCAAAGUGGACGCUGGAUCGCCAGCUGAAGAUGCUGGGCUCAAACCGGGCGACCGCAUUAUUGAAGUCAACGGCGUUCAUAUCGGCGUCGAAAACCACAAACAGGUUGUCCAGCGGAUCAAGUUACGUCCCGACGAGACGGAAUUAUUGGUUGUCGACGACGAGACGGAUGAAUAUUACGCCAGUCGCGGAUUGACCAUAAAGAGCACCAACUCGAACGUUAUCCGCAAAAGGAGUUCGCCAGCACCGGAGCCGGCCAGGAAAAUAUCAAGUUCCUCUUCGGAGAGCGAGUCCGAACAACAGAAACAAGCCGCCCGUCUACAACAACAACAACAACAACAAGCUUACGUGACAAACGGCCAGAGACGGGAAUCCAGUUCGUCUGAGGGAGAGGAUUGGAGCAACGCACCUGCGCCACGCUUAUGCCACGUCAUCAAGUGGAACGAGAAUGAUGGUUUCGGAUUCCACCUGCUGGCCGAUAAAAAGCGCAAGGGCCAGUUUAUCGGUAAAGUCGACGCUGGAUCUGCGGCUGAAGCGGCCGGAUUGAAACUGAGCGACAGGAUCGUGGAAGUGAACGGACACAACGUGGUGGAGGAAACACACAAGCAAGUGGUUCAGCGGAUCAAAGCCGUUGCCAACGAAACGAAAUUGCUGGUCAUCGAUCCACAGGGGCAGCUGUAUUACGCCGAGCGCAAUAUUACCAUCACCUCAUCCAUGCCAAAUGUCCAGAAGAUGAGAACUCCAGCCACGCCACCUCAGCGAAUAAAUAAUAGACCGGAUCACUUGAAAUUGGCCGUCACAACAGCAACAGCAAUCACGGAAACCAACGGCUCAUCCAUGGCACCUCCUCCCAAAUCAUCCCUCAAGAGAGUUAGCUCGGCUCCGGCUCCUCGUUUGUGUCACAUCAUCAAAUGGAGGCAGGAUGCAGGCUACGGAUUCCAUUUGUUGGCUGAUAAGAAACGUGUCGGUCACUUUAUCGGUAAAGUGGAUCCGAACACGCCAGCCAGUGCAGGAGGACUGAAAGUUGGCGAUCGUAUCAUCGAAGUUAACGGUCACAACGUGGUCAACGAGACCCACAAACAGAUUGUGGAGCGAAUUAAAUCCGUUUCCAACGAGACGAAAUUGCUGGUGCUGGAUCCCGAAGCGGACCUUUAUUAUCGCGAGCGUGACAUCAUGGUGAGCUCGUCGCAAAGCAACGUCGCCCUUAUCAAAACGCCGGCCGCCCCACGGGCCACCAAUGAAUCGUCGGACGAUGACGACGACUACGAGGUGAAACUUCGCUCCAAAGGAUCUCGGUCACCUCCAUCGCGAUCUUCCGUCUCCCCAUUAACAUCGCCAACUUCGCCCACUCGUCCGCUCUCAAUGGCGACGAUAGCAGCUGCCGCUAAUUCCGGAUUGAACUUGAACAUGUCGGCUGCCCAACUUCGAGCCCGGCUGGCGGCCCAGAAGAAAUACGAUCCCAAACGGGAGGCUAUGGACUUGCGUCGCAAGCACGAAAUCAUCCAGACCAUGUGAAUAAUCAACCCACUACACACACACACACACACACAGCAGAGUACAAUCAGAAAGGUAGAAGAAUGGAGCAACCAAUGGAGAGUAAAAAGGUGAAGAGAAAUCAUUUCUAUUUGAAUUAUUCGAUGGCUACAGCGUGUUAACACAAUUGGUACUAACUUGACACUAAUUAUUUUUCACCUUAUUUGUUUAGUUACUUUCUUUUUUCUUUUUUUGGUUUUUGUUUAUUUCUUAUUUCAUUAUUUUCCAAAAUGAUGACUGAGCUUGCGAGUGGUUGUGAUGAUCGUGUCAUUUUUAUAGUCACUUACGUAUCGCAUUGACAUACGUAACCUCUAAAGAAAUAAUCCCCAAAUUUUGGUUUUCAAUUUUUUGACGGAAAUGUUUGAACCCGUUUGACCCAUUUAAGGGCCACCAAGAAAAGAAAAAAAUAUGGA